UCCAUGGGUUUUGAAAACUUCACCCCGUUUCUCCAAGAAAAAAGCCAUUUUCUUCCCUUCUGUGAAUUAUCUGUAACAUUUACAGAUUUUAUUGAGGAAGAAAGAUGCUGGGAUUGCUUUACACGUUCAAUGUUUAGCCCGAAAACCGAGUCUCCAAUUGUCAGUUCCUGUUUUACUUUCAAUUCCCUGAUUGGACAGCCUGACAGCAUCUCAGAAACUGUAGAGUACGGAACUGUAGAUUACGGAGCUACUUUUGCCCUUAGAUUGGAUGUGGACCCAACUGGAUAUCCGCCAUUUAUCUAUCAAUCUAAAGCACAAAUAUCAUUCCACAAUUCUCGACAAAUAGUAGAUCCCUAUGAACAAGGAUUUUCAAUGGAGAUGGGAAAAAGUUAUUCUUUUCGCUUGAAGAAAAUUGAGAAGAAUUUGCUUCCUUAUCCAUACGACACAAAUUGCAUUGAUUAUUUAGAAAAGUGGAAAGCAAGAGGAGGUUAUGGACCCACAAAUAAAAGGGAGUGCAUUCAGGAAUGCUAUGAAAACAUUACUAUGACUACCCAUACAGUGCAGCAGAAUGGAAAAGGGCGAAACCGUAAGAAUGUCCCCAUAAGAAGUAGUCGCAUGGUGCAGCUUCAGGACUGUUUGGAAUCCAUUGUUCUGGUCUCAGGAAUUGCACUUGCUGAUCUAUUUGAGAAAUUGAUUUUCCUUAAUAUUGAUUUGAACAACUUGGAAAUAACUACAUAUAACUGUAGUCCUAAAAUUGAAAACAUUGAACAUUUUGGUAACAUUGGAGGCUAUGUCGGAAUCUGGCUGGGCAUAUCUCUAGUUGCAGUUUUUGAUUUCCUGAGUACAGCGUUCGAUUUGCUGAAAUUUCCUUUUCGAAACUUGACUCUUAAAAAGACUCGAGUGCACAGAAUAAAUCAUCAAAAAAGGAAAAAGUUAGACUUUAGGAAUGUUAAUAAGAAAAAACACAAAUUUUGGUCCAAUUAUUUGACGAAUACUUUUCGGAAUUCGAUGUUGAGUGGCGUUCCGCAAAUUCUUCUGGCUGAGAGUAAAAUCAAGAAAUGCGUUCUUACAUUGGUCUUUCUGUCUUGUAUAGUAGGAUACCUUUAUCAAUCUUCUGAAUUCCUGCGACUUUAUUGGAAGUACGAAACUGUUGUUGAUAUACAUUUAACUAACAGUAACCUAACAGAAUUACCUUCCAUCACCUUUUGUAAUUAUGAUGGAACAAAUAUAACGAAGAUAUGUGAGAUGAAUCCUAUCUGGUGCUCACCAUUAUCUGAACAAGAUCAUCUUCCUGAAAAUGUCUGUGGUUGUUUACCACAGCGUUAUUGUGAAAAUGGCACUUUUAAAGAUAGAAAGGUUCUUCCUUUUGAUACCUAUGGUGAUAUAGCUUCAUUUUCACCCGAUGAACGCCUAGAGUAUGUUCAAGAUUUAAAUGAUGUAAUACGUAGCUGUUCUUUCGUGGAGCGUGGAAAACAUCCCGAGGAUUGUGACUUUUCAUACUUCAAAAAGUCAAGUGUUCCCUCACAAGCUGAAUCUGGUGUUUUGAGUGGCUGUUAUACUUUAAAUACUGUUUUUGGAAGACCAAAUGCAAAGCCAAAUGUAGUGACUUCAAGUGGAACCAUAAUUCUCAAUAUUUCAAUUGAUGAAAGUGAAUAUUUAUAUCUUCAUCAUCCUCCAGAAGGGUUGAUAUCGUUUCACAAUCCGUACCACAUUGUCAAUCCUCACAUGAAAGGCUUUACUUUAUCUCUGAAAACACAACGACAUACUUUUCAUUUAAAGAAGGUGGUGAGGAAGCUACUUCCGUAUCCUUAUGACACAAAUUGCAUUGAUUACUUAUCUAGAUGGAAAGAAAGAGGAGGCAAGGGUCCGUUAAAUAAUGAAGACUGCUAUAAUGAAUGCCAAUUAAAUAUUAGCUUAAACGUAUUUGAGUGUCUACAUUCUGAGUUCAGACCGUAUUCAAUGGAAAGCAUCUUCUGUCCUAUGGAAUUCCUUAAUGUAACUGAGAAUGGUAUGUCAGUGUUUGAUACAUCCGAAUUCAUACCAAAAAUCGAUGAGUGUGUGAAAAAGAAUUGUGGACCUGCUUGUUACGAAGAAUCGUACGAAGUGAUAAAAGAUCUAGAAGAUGUGCAAAACGAGGCAAGUUUAGGUUUUAACACAAAACUUUAUUUAAUAUUAAAAACACCUACUACAGAGUUUUAA